GUGAGAGCUGUUUACAUUGUGGACCAGAGCUCAGAUUGAUCCAGCUGCACCACCGAGACAACAGCUGUCUCGCGUUAUAGAGUCACAGUUUCCAAUAUUUACGCACAGUCAUGAGUUUGACGCUACAUGUGAACUUCUUUCGCUUUACGCGCCUCGAACACAACUCCACAAGGAAAGAAAGUGUUCGAGACCGACAGAAAGCCCAUCUCGUGUAUUUCCAGCUCUCCUCCUCAUCCUUCUCUCUGUAUUGCUCGGAGCUGCUGUCAGAGUCAUGUCCAGGAAGAAGGCAGUGAAAGGCAAAGGGAGCUCCAAGAGCCCCAAGGCGUCGCCGAGCAGCGGGAGGACGGGGAGAGGUCUGGCCGCCGCCGCCGCUCCGUCCUCCGGACUGGUUUAUCCGAGCAGACCGUCCAUCAGCAACAGCGGAGAGUUUUAUGACAUCGCCUUCAAGGUGAUGCUGGUGGGGGACUCAGGUGUUGGGAAGACGUGUCUGCUGGUUCGCUUCAAAGAUGGAGCCUUUCUAGCCGGCAGCUUCAUCUCCACUGUGGGCAUCGACUUCAGGAAUAAAGUAAUGAGCAUUGAUGCUGUGAAGGUCAAACUGCAGAUUUGGGACACCGCUGGACAGGAGCGUUUCCGGAGCGUCACACAUGCGUACUACCGCGAUGCUAAUGCUCUCCUCCUUCUCUAUGACGUCACCAACAAAGCGUCCUUCGACAACAUCCGGGCCUGGCUGACAGAGAUCCAUGAGUACGCCCAGCAGGACGUGGUCGUCAUGCUGCUGGGCAACAAGGUUGACUCCACACAUGACAGGAUGGUGAAGCGAGAGGAGGGAGAGAAACUGGCCACGGAGUUUGGAGUGCCCUUCAUGGAGACGAGUGCUAAAUCUGGACUGAAUGUGGAGCUGGCCUUCACUGCAGUGGCCCGAGAACUGAAGCACAGGACCAUGAAGGAGCCCGAUGAGCCAAAGUUUCAGCUGCAGCAGUACGUCGACAAAGAAAUGAGGACUGUCGGCUGCUGCCGCUCGUAGACCGCUUCCUUUGUGUGUGUGUGUGUGUGUGUGUGUGUGUGUGUGUGUGUGUGUGUGUGUGUGAGAGAGAGAGAGAGAGAGAACAGGUACAUGCAUUAGAGUAGUAAUUAAUGGUGUGUGUCUGGGAAUUAUCAUGAUGUUCUCAGUGUUUGUAAUAUUUCUAUUAGUGGCGAUAACCUCUCUCCCCCAACCCAUCCUCUGCAACUGUGAAUGUAAUAUAACUCCUAUCACACACAUGCAUACAUGCAUACACACACACACACACACACACACACACACACACACACACACACACACACACACACACACACACACACACACACACACACACACACACACACACACACACACACACACCUACCUAUGUGUGUCAGUUUACUUCCCAGCUCGUUCAAUGCAUUUUUCCAUAGGUGUGAUGUACAGAUUUAAAUUUUGCGCUCUGUAGUUUGUAAAUGCCCGUCUUGUUGAAAGUGAAGAACUUAGAAAAGUGUUGAAUAUUAAAUCUUGUUAAAGUAAUAGAGUAGAUCUUAUGAACACAGCUGUACAGAUCAACUGUUGUACCUGAUGUCCGCUGCCAGGUGGCACUGUGUGCUGUUUAUGUACAGGAUAUCACAUGAAGGGAUUUUAAUAUGUGCUUGGUCAUGACUGUCGUUAUAACGGUGUGUGACUUUUCAUUUUGUACAGAUUGUUCAGUUAAAGGUUGUGUGAAUCAUUUUAACAUUAAGAAAUCUCCCUUUACUAACUACUAGCCCAAGUUAGAUUAAAACAAUAAGAUCAGCAAAAAGACUCAGUUAUAUUUAUUUAUGGCACGAAACAAAGAUGGCCGAGAAAUUACAUAGAAAUCACAGAAAAAUUUAAGAUUCAUUUUUUUCUUGACUUUGGAACCAGAAGCCACUAAAGGUCCACUUACUUACUAUUUGUUGAGCUUUCUACCACAUCUCAGUGUCUUCAUUAGAACGUGGAGUGCAUCUUCUAAUAAAUACAAUUCCACCAGCGUUAACAAAACUUAACAAUAUUGUUUUUAUUUGACAUUUAAGAUAAACUCCAUCUGCAGAUGAAGGCUGUGGAAUGUGGUUGAAAGCUCCGUAUAAAGGUAGUAAGUGGACUUUGAGUUAAGAUUUUUUUUCCCGAGAUAGAAGUUCUAUUAUUCUCCACUUUUGUGAAUUUGUAUAAAUGUUUCAAACUGCUACUCCAUCUUUGUUUUUCCUCCACUUUGCCAAAUCUAGAAAUGGUUUGAUCCUGUUUGUGAGACGUUUUAACAACGAUGGAUUCAUACUGCUGUCUGCUUAUGUCAGAAAUAUCAAUUCAUAGAAUAUACAGAUUUAACUUGCUUAAAUUAAAUGGUUACAAUUACUCUUGAUAUACCGAUUUUACAAAAGAGUCUCAGUAUAAAUCAGAAGUUAUUAACUUAUUGUAAUCUGUGUACUAUACUGUAUUUUAACUGGAAUUAUUUGUAUUGUAUCAUCUCCAGUGUUCACAAUAAAGAAUCCAUCAGCAGUGAAUGAGUUGUUUCUUCACGAGUGGAUGACAUGUGAUGGAGGAACAGCACCACCACGUGGCAGAGUCGUGUUAUUACAGCUGUUUCCUGGCUUUAUUUGUGCGACACAACUCAGUGAUAUCUGAAGCAGCGCCAUCUCUUUACAGCGCCUUGGAACAUGAAAACUACUCUUGAGCCAGUUUGUAAACUGUAAUGAAAGGUGUGGUUCUUGUAACAGGUGUAUAACAACACACACUGCCCUCACCUUCUUCCAUCUGUCCAAGCUCUCGUACUCGGAUGUUAGACACAGCAGAACACAGACUCAGGAUCAGCAGAGAAUAAAAGAAUGGCUUUAAUAAGUGAGCACAUUUUUCCCACCAAAUCUAAGAAACUUAUAAUUAUAUAUAAUGCUUGAUUAUAAAACAUAUUUUUUGCAGAGUAUGUUACUGAACUCUUGACCGAGACUCUACGCUUUGUGCCAAGACCAUGUUGAU